AUGCAUCUACAGACUACAGUCGAAGCGAUCUACCAGAUGGCCAGGAUCGUGGCAGAGCCAAAACUCCAUGUCUUCCGGAUCCCGCUCGUGGAUACAAUUGUUUGCUACAGCCCGGGCGCCAGCCUGAUCUCUACUCCGACUGCGGUUUGGCAGGGUGCGUGCACUCACGACCUCAAUUUGUGA